AAAAGUAGUACUGUCUUCUGCUUUCAUCUUUACAAUAAUCUCUUUAAACUUCUGUCAUAUCCAGAAGUUUCAAUCUUGUUUAAGCUAAAAAACAUGAAGAAGUUUCUCCGCACGUUAGUGUUUGCCCUCGUCCUAGUCUUCGCCGCGUGUUCUUUGGUCGUUAACUGCAUCCGCACGCCGCCACUAAGCACUGCGGUCAAUGGCGGAGCGAAUAUAAACUCUGAGAUGGGACGAACUCAGACGCACCACAAGGAAAACAAAGAAAAAAAAGGGGUAGAAAUGGAAAUGUAUCCAACAGGAUCGAGUUUGCCGGAUUGUUCGUACGCAUGUGGCGCAUGCUCGCCGUGUAAACGCGUGAUGAUUAGCUUUCAGUGCUCCGUCGCCGAAUCAUGCAGCGUCAUCUAUAGAUGCACGUGCCGAGGAAGAUACUAUCACGUCCCAUCUAGGGCUUGAAUCUCUACCGUUUAUUUUCUGUAUGUUGAAAAUAUCAGUUUUGGCGGAUAGCGACAAAACUAUCUAGAAAUAUUUUUGUACAAUUUUGUUGGAAACUUUUAGUUACGCUAUGGGCCCUCCUACAAUUAAUAUUGGGCUUUGUAAGGUUUUUUCGUACAUGACCGAAUCAACACAGAUAACAAAGUCA